GUAUGAAUGUAUUGACUCUGAAAACACUGUUUAUUGUUGUCUCACAACAGCUGACAUACAGACAGACAGUCAGUCCAUUGAAUUGAAUCUCAUUUUUUGUUUUGUUUUGUUAUUUACUAUAUUUACGACUAAUUGUUAUUAUAAUAAACAAUUAGAUUAUUGUUAUCUUCAUUAUGUCAUUCAAUAGAUGACUUCAACUUUUCCAGUGAUAUAUACAAUCAAUGAUAUGUCAGUUGACUUAUGAUAAUUGUAAUCUCCAAUUGAUCCCAAAGUUUUUAAGAGAAAAAAUUUAGUCAACAUUUGUGACUAAAAGGCAUGUUGUGGUAAAUCACAGACCAAUUGCCAACAAUGAGUGCCAUAUCAUCACAUUUACCAUCAAUUGAAGACAAUCUAUUGAAUACACUGACCCUUUUGGACGACGAUCUAAUCGGUGAUCACUUGUCGUCUCAAUUGGAGUCCAGCGUAUCAUUGGAUCUUCGGCUCAACCAUCAGACCACUAAUAAUGACGGUCUAAAUGAAGACAACGAAAACAAUGGCUUUAAUAAGUACACAAAACACGAGUCUCAGUCUCAAGAGUCUCAUAGGAAGAGCAAAUCUGUUCAUAUUUGGAGCGACGAUAUGAUUGGAAGUGAGGCACCAAAGAAGUCACAAUAUAGAGUGACAUUUGAGAUAAUAUCUGCCAAAACAGUGACGAGUUUGUCGAUCGGUUCCAACCGAAAGAAGUACGUGUGUUAUACUAUUUUAGUGAAGAGAGUUCCCGGUUUGGAGACGAGUCCGGCGCUCAUCGAAAGGCGUUACUCUGAUUUUCUUCAUUUGUAUCAAUCAUUGCGCAAAUGCUUCCCAAGACUUUUGACAGAUUUUCCAUUUCCGAAGAAGACAUUAGUCGGUAAUUUUACUCCAGAAGUUAUCACCGAAAGAUCUGUUGCUUUUCAACAUUUGUUGACAUAUUGUCUUAGUAUACGUGAGUUAAGGAUAACUCAAGAGUUUGCAGAAUUUCUAUACUAUCCGGAACUCAGAGACGCUCAACAAAAGCUUAAAGCUCUUCUGUUUGAAGACGUGUCCAAUAUUCUCGAAAACGUUUACUUCAUUGAAGAGAAACUGUAUCUUCACAGUCAGGAACCAACUAAUCAAUUACUUUAUACAUUAUGUGUCUUAAUUGGUUGUCUUAAUGCUGUCGAUAAUACAACUGAAGCCCAAAAGUUUGCUGAGAAGGCGCUACACUUGAUCUCAAAUUAUUCAGAUUUCACGAAUAAUCAAUUAAUUGUGUCGUUAAUUAUUCUCGCACUAAGACUUCGAUGGAUUACUGGAUCUGAUAAGACAUUGUUUGAGCAAAAAUUGCUUGAAUUCAAACUAAAUGGCAUUAAUAUUGAAAGACAGCCCACUCUUCUGGAAGUAAUUCUCAGAAAGGAUUUUUCCAUUUUUGCCAAAUAA